CUUAAAGCGUUCAAGCAGCAACAGACGUGUUUCAUAGAUGUUUCUACCGUUCUCGUCUUUAUAACUCUGUUUUAUAAAUCAUGACUAGAAAUAAGGGCGAUAACAGACAAAGAAGUAAAAAAACUCAAAAUGAUGACAGUGCUAAUGCUAAAGGAACUGAGAAGGAGGUAUCAAGAUUAGACUCUCUAGAUGAAGAAGAUCAAGGCUUUGGAGGUUGGCUGAGGUCAGCUGAUGGACAAGAAAACAUGAAGCUCUUUGUCAUCGCCAACAGUAUUGUAUUACUUAUGACUCUCAUGUAUCCGCAAGUUCAAUUAAUCGUUGACUUUAUUUACGAAUCUGUAUACGGGCCGGAUAAAGAUUUGAUUAUAUGAAUUCUACAGAUAACUAAUAUGUAUCAUAUAUUAUUUAUUUAUGUUUAAUAAUUCCGAUUAAAUUCUAAUAUAAGUGAGUAUAUUAAUAAAUAACAAAAUUUUGUUUAUUACAUAAAAUUCUUCUAUAUAUUACGUCCAUGAGGACAUCCCCAUCUCAGAGUUUACCCAAAUUAGAAUG